AUACGUCAUAUCAACCGCUCACGAGAGACGACUUUUCUGUGGGUUGCCGUUACGCGUGAAAUACACGAUGCUUCCUAAAUGGCUGUUUCUGCUCCUUUCACUUUAUUUCGCUGUGCAGAUGGAAGCUGGAUCGAGUUUGGCCUCAUGCGACUGUUCACAAUCAUUACAAACUUCUCGUGUGAUUUAUUAUUUAUAUUCAGGUUCCCCAGGUCCCACGCAAACCAGUACGACUCGGCCACGUCAGACCGCUAAAGGGAAAACUAUCGGGCCAUUGGAGGUAGUAGGAUUCUGUAUCCUUGCAGUACUUGUUGCCGUUGUUGCUAUUUUUGCCAUUUAUUACGUAGCCUGUCGAAAGCGGGAGGAAGACGAAGGCUCGAACGAGCCGAUGGUUGAAGUACCUGCACGUAAUUCAGCUAAACCAAAAGAAACGGAAAUUGGAAUAACUCACGACGCAUUUGUGGGAGACUCAAAUAGUCCAACGGAAGCUUCUGUUUUUAAACCGGAAGCCAUGGCUCCAGUACCGGAAGUUAAAGUUCAAGAACCAGCAGCAAAUGCUUCGGAGGUAAAACCAGAUAAUAUGGAAAGUAAAGAAACUGAGGCCGACGUCGAUGGCACUCAUGACAGUGCGUUGUAAGAACAAGAAGAAAUAUUUUGAAAUUAUUUUGAAACCAACUAGAAAAUUCCCUCGACUGGUAUCAAAAUGUCUCUUUCAUCACGAGUUUGCUACAAGGCUACCGCUCUACAUGAUGCAUAACUUUUUCUGAACAUUCCUAGACUUAUAAAAGUUUACAACACUAAACCUUUUAACGCUUAAACACCAGGAAGUGAUCAAUUUGUACCUUCUUCUUACAAUAUCUAUACAUUAUUCAACCGACGCGUAAUGAAAAGAGACAAACGAACCAGCUAAAGGGUGUUUUCUUGAUAAAAUACCAUAUUCUCUGAACUAGUUCCUUUGGGAAAUGUAAGGCAGCUAGAAACGAGAAAUACAAAUCAAAUUUUGGGACGGUAGCCUGCAUUACCUGUUGUAUUAUCCAUUAUAUUACUCAGAGUUGUCCUUAGUUCAUAUAAGGCUGCCACUUUUGGACCCCUGGAUGUAUUGUUUCAGCAUAACUAUUGGCAUAAAUUGAAUAAACGAUCAUAAUUUUUGCUCUUAUGAUAACCUGUAAUUGGGAAUUCUCCUUUUUUCGGGCAGUGCGAAAGCAUAGUGUGUUGCGCUGCUAAACUUUUAUUCUCUUUCGAAAAAGAGAGCGGUUAAUCACACAUAUUUAGUCCUUUCAAAUGAACCAUUAUCAGGUUUUAACCUUUAACUCCCAUGAGUGACCACUUCAUAAUUUCUCCUUACAAUAUCAAUACGAUAUCAAGCAGAAAAGUGACGAGAAUAGAGAAAUAAAUCAAUUUAGGGAUUAUUGUUUGAUCCAAUACUAAAUUCUCCAAACUAACAUCAUGAGAAUUGUAUAACAGACAGUAAGGAGAAUUUUAAAUGGCAUCUUGAGAGUGGAAGGGUUAAAAUAGCUGUACCUUGUUUGAUCUUUAAAAGAUCGAUCGAGUUCAUGUGUAGAUGUAUACUUUGUUUUUUAUAUAUUUUAGCCGUGUAACAAUUUUACCUUUUAACCUUUUGUAUUUUUACUCAUGUACUCUAAUAACGGGACCCCCUUUGAUACCAGCGCUUAUCACACUGACGGGGUUAUCCUUUAUAAUAUUAUCAUUAUCAUCAUUAUUUUCGUUCGCCUUGUGGAGGGAGAGGGUUUUCACAUUACUGCCUCUUACGUUGCCAAGAGGAAAGGUGCCGACAGACUUAUAUUAGUUCACAAUAACCCCUAGCUGACGCCCUAACAUCAGUAUGCAUAUUCCCCAUACAUUUCCUUAGGUGCUGACAAGGAGAAUUUGUUUAAAGAUCAAGAGUUUCUUUAGUUGGUGAUCAUUUCCUUUAUUCUCGUGAUCUUGGUAUAUGAAUCAGGGGUGAUGUUGUGAGGAGAAGUUAGAUGUUAGUCACUCUUACUGGCGGUACGAAGGGUUCAUUGUUAUACUAUUUACAUCCUCACGUUUUUUUGCCCAUUAAGUCACGUCUUCUAUUCUGGUGUGAAGUCCAGUAGUUAAAAAUAUUUUGUAAGAGCAAAUGUGUAAAUUGUUAGCAAUAGAUAUAUGAUUUUGGAGUU